GGUUUUCGUCAGUUUAGCACGCGGCAUCAUAUCGCACGUUCCCCCCCUCCUUUCAAGCGAAUAAGUCAUUCUGACUUUUCUCUCUCUCUUUUUUUAUUUUUAAAUUUCGGGAGAGAGGUGCUAAUUAAUAAUCACUCCACACACACACAUUCAUCAACGCUACAAUCAACUAAUCAACUAUUAGGAGAAAUCGAGUUUUAAAAGAAACAUUCGCCCGCAUCUUUUAAUUUCUAGAGAGAAAAAAACCAACAAAACAACCGCGACAUGAUUCGAUUAUCAUCGUCCGUCACGGUGUUUCUCAUCAUCACGAUCCCGCACCUCGUCCUGGCCAGCCCGCUAGACACAUCAGUCGAUAAUAGUCAUCACCUCAUGUGGCAGAGCGUCGAGGACGACCUAUCGGCCGAAAUGGAGGAUUACGUCAACGACAACCCUGUCAUCGAAGUGGACGACAGCGGAGUGCCCGUCUGCCCUCCAGUGGUAAACCAUCCGCAGGCUUGUUACGCCAAGAUUUGCCGUUCGGAUAUCGACUGUCUCGGUGGCAAAACCGAGCGCGUCUGCUGUUACAACGGUUGCAUCCGAACGUGCAUGAUCAAAGUGAAACCGCCGCCCUUCUUUGAUUACGAGGACACCCACAGCGAUUCUCAUCACCAAUCAGAUGUCGGGAUCGGUCAAAAUAUCCGAGCCGGAUCGGCGGAAGUGGCCGAAUUCCAGCGACCGGCGAUUGUGUUGACUCUACCGGGCGGAUGCCACCUCACCCAGGAGCAGUACGACACUUAUCAGAAAUUCCAAGUCUCUCCCAACGUUCGACAAUGUUACUGCCUGGCGGGGGACGUCUUUUGCCAAAUCAAUCCGAAGGCACCUUGAUCGAUGAGCGGAGCAACAUUUCCUUCGUUUUUAUUUUUUAUUGUUAUUAUGAUUCCCCCCACUCCCUUUUAAUUCAUGCCAUACUUACACAUAUCCGUCAUAUUCAUAAACGACACACAAACUCGCAUAAACAGUAAAAA